AAAGAAAGUGAUCUGUGAGAAAAAUGUAGUACACAAACAAAUUCCGUUACAACACGGCAGCAAAAUAUUCAACAAAAAUGUCUAAAGUAACGAAGAAAGUUUACGAAGCUCGCUCCAUUUACCCGGACCGCACAAAGUCCGAGGAGAAGUCAUUCACCGAGGUUAAUGUCCUCGUCAAGACUUUGGACACGGCGCUGCUGCUGCUCAGCUCCAAGGAGGAAUGCGUCCUGUUGACCGUCUUCAGUCACAUAAUAAGCCGCCAUGGCGGCGCCAGGACGAGAAUGUACUGGAGCUGAAGGAGCAUAAAAUGCUGGAAGUGCUGCUGGAGAAGAAAAUCUUCAUUGAUUCGGAGAACGUUAUCAUCCGACGCUUCGCCUUGUACCUCAUGAACGCCUUAAUGGACAACACGGACAUGAACACGCUCGAGCCCGAGACGACUGAAGGCAUCCUGGAGGUGGCCUAUAGUUUCUACCUGCAGGAAACUGACGAUUUCUGCAUAGAAUAUCUCUCGCACCUGCUAAACAUGUGCCUGCGUGAUCCCAAAGUGGCCCAGGGAAUUGUGGAGAACUUUGAGCUCUUGCAGAAGUUCAAGGCAGUGAUUGCCACCUCCGAGAAUCCCGACACCAUUCAUAGCUCCAUCGAGGCCGUUCACAAGAUCCUUCUGAUCCAGAGUGCAGAGGAGAUGUUGGAGUUUACCACUCUUCCCGACUUUCCCAUCGAUCGCAUUAUCUGUGAGGUGACCAGCAAAUACCAGGAGAUUCGGCUUGCGGCCCUGAAAGUCUUGAAGACCCUCCUGGUGGACACCAGCGACCAGAGUGUGUUUGAGCCGCUGCAUCGCUGCUUCCAUGUCCUGGAGCAGCUGGUCAAAGCAUUUUGCGAAGAUCUGCAAGGACCGGAUGCGGUCGAGAUCAUUGAGGUGCUGGCCACGGCUCUCCGGUCCGAGAAGAUGACCAAGCUGUUCUUCGAGCAUAACCUCUUCGACCUUAUUGUCGAGCACCUGAAGGACCAAAUCGAUAUCCUGUCCCUUGAGCUGCGCUGCACCAUCAUAUCCAUCUUCGCGGAAACUGCGAAGUACGUGCAGUAUCUGGUGAGGAUGCACACUGUCCGAGAUCACGGACAUGUUCCUCGGCUGCCUCAUGGAGAACGACCCGGCAUCGGCCACCUUCGUGAUCCUCGGGCUCAACCACAUGGCCGAUAAUCCGGACGCACUGCGUCGAAUUGUGACCGAGUUUGAUGAGGGGGCUCUGCAGAAGCUAGUGUCCAUUUUCCAGUCCCCGGAGGUGAUCAUCAAGACCCAGGAGCAGGCAGCCGAGGUUAUCAAUCGCCUCCUGACCGGAGCCUAUCGCGACACGGCUGGAGAGCUGACGGACUUGGACAUUCCAGGCGUCCUCACCACCACCAUUCAGCAGGGCC